GCUACUGUAAUUGCAACUGGUCAUAUAAAAGUGAGCGCUAUGCGUCUCUACCGCUGGCCAGCCCGCUUUUCUUCGCUGGGUGCACACACGUGUUUCGCGGGAGUUCUCGAAAGUGUCUGACAGCUCGCUGAGCUGCCACACCGGUGCCUGUCAUCAUGGAGGAGGGCAUCGUGAUGCACACCAUACGCCAGCUUAUGACCAUCAGGGAUCCGCGCACCAAGGAUUGGAAGCUCCUGCACAAUACCAGCUUCAUCGUUGUCCUGUUGGGAGGUUACCUGUACAUGGCCAAAGUGUGGGGUCCCAAGUUCAUGAAGCACCGGAAACCAUACGAGCUUAAAGGUAUCAUUCGAAUCUACAACCUGUUCCAGGUGUUGUCAAACAUUUACUUCUUGUACAGAAUCAUCUACUACUCCUUCUGGGCGGCCGGUUACAGUCUAUUCUGCCAGGGCCUGACGUACAAAGCCGACGAGAACUCCCGGCACCUCCUGAAUGCCUACUACUGGUACUUCCUCGUCCGUGUCGCCGACUUUCUGGACACGCUGUUCUUCGUGCUUACCAAGAAAUUCUCCCACAUAUCGGUGCUUCACGUGACCCAUCACACCAUAGUCGUGUUCAACGGUUGGAUGUUUCUGCAGUUCGGCCCCGACGGACAGGCCGUGUUCGGUGUGUGCCUAAACGCCUUCGUGCACAUCAUCAUGUACGUCUACUACUUUCUCGCUUCCCUCGGCCCCUCCAUCCAGAAAUAUCUGUGGUGGAAGAGGUACCUGACCAGGAUACAGAUCAUCCAGUUCUUCAUAAUGAUCGCUCACGCAUCCAUACCGAUUUUCGUUGACUGCGGUUAUCCGGUCGUGUUGCUCUGCAUCGGAAUCCCACAAGUCAUCCUCAUUCUGGGCCUCUUCUUGAACUUUUACGUUCAAGCGUACCUUAGCCGCUCGUCAGGCGGACCUCCCAGUACGUCGGCUCCUCAGCAGCUACGCAGCGAAAACGGACACAGUCACAACGCCAAUGGUAACAACGUGGAGGCGAAGAAAGAAUUAUAAAAAAUAACUCACGCGUCGCGAGCCCUUUUUCCUGUCUUCGCUUGUGCACUUUUUCAGACCGAAAGUUCAAACGGGACCUGUAAGCAUUCAGAUGAUGUGGAGCAAACUCCGUCUUGUUUUUGUGUUUUGUUUGUGCAGACUUAUGCGUGCGACGACCUAGUGCCCGAUGAACUGAGCAGCACGUGAGCGCUGCGCCUGCGUAAAACGUUUAACAGAGCCUGUUUUCUAUCGCUCCAGUCAAACUGUGCGUACAAACUUCACCAACAAUCACCGUACAGGAGUUACAUUACACCUUAUCCGCGAUAUGUGAAGACGCUGCAUGGUAGUGUAAAUAAGCUCGUUUUUAGCGAUGUGCAGCAUAUACAGCUGCCAUAUAUGCACCUUUUCGCACUGUAACGUCAAGCUCGUCACUGAGAAUGUCCGCGUUCUCGAUGCGUUUUGUCUGUUUACCAACACAAGCCCUGAUGCCAAGCGCUUUAAUACAUUCUGCGAAUGCUCGACUGUGGUGAGCCAAAGAACAACAACAACAACAACAAAGAGAGACCGACUAUAUAGUUCUUGUCUCUUUGUUGAGACGAAUUUUCUACUGAAACAGAGCGCAUGCAGAGAAAUUUUGCUAACGUCAUAACUCCUAAAUAUGAUAGAAGAGGAGACACUCCUGCCAGCCUUUUACAUUCUUGAUGUUGAAAGUUUAACCAGCUGGCACAAUUUUUGUCAUGUGUCAACUUACGUCAAGAUUCUAUCAAUCUUCCUUCCGAAAUCAUACGAAGGGCUGAUACAUGACAGUACACGCGUUUACAGAAACAAUGAGUUUUACACUAUGUGUAUUGUGGCAUAUGAAGGCCGACAUUCACACCUCACUGUACAUAAGCUUCUUGUAUCGACACUGUUGAUAAUAGUUCCGUCCACUGUAUUUUAUAGCUAGACUUUGUUCACAACGUCUGCACUGUUACUUGAAGAUAUGCUCGUUGCUAUACCUUCGUUAGGGAGAGAACGAAGGAAGCAGAUUGUGCAUGGAACCUGCCUUUCUUUUUUAAAGACCCAAACAGUUCUGUCGCAGCGUUUGUCUCGCAGAACACGUGUGAUAUGUAAAUAAACUGUACAUUGGCGAGUGA